UUUUGAUGAAGUUUGGGAAGAGGAUUAAAGAACAAAUACAAGAGUCGUUGCCGGAGUGGCGAGAUAAGUUUCUACGUUACAAAGAACUCAAGAAUCUGAUCUCUUCUCCAGAUCCGGCUGAAUUUAUCUUCAUCGGUUUGUUGAACUCCGAGAUCGAAAAGUUUAAUGCUUUCUUUGUGGAACAAGAAGAAGAUUUCAUCAUCCACCACAAGGAAUUGCAAUAUCGGAUUCAGAGAUUGGUAGAGAAGUACGGAGACAAUGAUGAUGAAACGUUCAGAGAGGAGAUUGGUGAGAUCAGAAAGGAUAUUGUUAACUUCCAUGGAGAGAUGGUACUUCUCGUUAGUUACAGCAACAUUAACUACACUGGAUUAGCCAAGAUUUUAAAGAAGUACGACAAGAGAAGAGGAGGAGCAUUGCGAUCACCGUUUGUACAGAAAGUUCUUCAUCAACCAUUUUUCAAGACGGAUUUGGUGUCGAGGCUGGUGAGGGAGUGGGAGACGACGAUUGACGCGGUGUUUCCGGCGUCGAAUGCGGAAGCGGAGAGGGGAUAUGAGCGGUCUGCGGCGGUGAGUUCAGCGGCUGCGGGAGAAGGGAUAUUUAGGAAUACGGUUGCGGCGUUGGUGACGAUGAGAGAAAUGAGAAGAGGGAGCUCUACGUACAGUGCUUUCUCACUUCCACCGGUUAAUCUCUACGAUCUCGAUCUCGUUCUACAACCGAUACACAUCCCUUCCCCGAUAUUAUCGUAAUAUUUGUAACUCACGUUUCAUAUGAGCAGCGUUUUUAGUUUUGACUAUGUCAUUAGACCAGACGGACUAUGUCACUGUC